AUGUUUGCGUCACUGCGAAGAGCGCAAUGCAGACGCUGGGACGAUUUUGAGCUGAAGAAACGGCUGCGCCAGUUCCUGGCAGUACCGAGACGGGUCACUUUAUCUGCCCUUGCGCUUUUCGUUUUCCUCUAUUUCUUCAUAUCCUCGUUCACUUCCUCGCCACCUCCCUCAGCCACCCAGAAAUGCCUGGACGAACGUUUAAGCGCAUGGAGAAGCUUUGAGAGUGACAGUGUCGUUGCAGUUUCCAUGCAGAAGCUUGGAUUCACUGGUAAUGGAUUUAUUGGGUUGGGUGGCGAUGGCGAGUUACGAAUGAAAGUCUCUUCUUCUCGGGUAUUGUCUAUGCGCGGUGCAUUUUAUCCGUUCAUCGAUGCAACUGUCGAGGAUUCAUCCGGCUCGUUUGCCGAAACUCAUAUUACUGAUUAUCGCGUUGGUACGAUUGUCACAAUACGCUGUUUUUCGAUAGUGCGUUGGUUGUGCUCGGAUUUCUGCUUUCUAUUAAUAUUAGCUUAUCAGUUUUGUGUUAUGCGAGACCAAAAGAGCAGUGUUUGUGUACUACACGAAGAUUAUAUGCUCAUCGAAGGAGACCUCAUGUUUUGGUGCAAGAGCUUCGGGCCAACAACCCAUUGCGUCACCAGUCCCUCGUUGUAUUCACGUUUGUUCGAAUCAGAUGGUGUACGUACGCUAGCAGCAGCCACUUGUACCAAAGUCCCACAGAGUAUAACGAUCAAACGCAACAGUGACAUUAUUCUGCAUUUUUUGUGCGUGAUAAAUUACGUCUCGCCGCUACCUGACGUGAAGAAUGUUGAUAAUGAGCUAAAAAUACUGAAUGAUGCGGUUACAAAGGAGCUCACCGAGUGCAGUUCAGUGGAUGCGAUGGUGUUGGAUCGUGAACAGUCGACUGCCUGGCAGCGAUUGAAUUUGGUCACAUUUGGUAUUUCGAAAUCUUUGGCACCAAAUGCUCUGAACGCUGAUGAAAUAAACGCGACACGUUACAUGCUGCUGUCAAAUAUGCGCGAUCAGUUGCUGGAAAUCGGAAGUACCGAUGAACAGAGGAAAGCGGUGAUGACGCUUCUGAACAAAACGGAUAUGUGCUAUACCGGUCAUUCAACACUGCUUGUGCCUUCGCGUCUCUGGAGGAAAUGGAACAAUAUGAAUGAAGUAAUCGAAACAAUGGACAUUUGGCUUCUGACAUUGGAGAAACGCGGCUGCUCGAAUCUGCUGAAAGCCGGUGCUAGUGGUUUUGCGGAAGCAUUUGUUCUCAGCCUUCUUGCUUCCAAAUUUUCUCGUGAACAUUUGGAAGUUGAUAUCGAUCCAGCCGAUUUACAACGAGAAAUUUUUGUGCAAAAUCUUGCAUAUUCUCCGAUGGCAAGGAUCACACUGAGUACUCAUUUGAAUGUUGAUAAUCGACCUUACUUAAUGGUCUCAUCUGAUUCACAGAUAUUCGCAUGUGAUGCCGCUUGCUUGGAUCAUCCUCUGAAUGUUGGGCGCUCGAAAAUACGUAUUCCAAUCAAAGUUACCAAGCCGAGCACUCCAAUCUUGUAUGUUUCGCACAACAGGAAACAUCUUGAGCAAUUGCGAGGAACGAUUCACGUUGUUGAGGUGAUGGAUGCUCCAGCUCAUGAGCAUGGACUGAUCGCGCUACAUCGGCACGGUCAUCGUUUAGGCGGCCUUCCGGUGAUGUUCUGGUUGAUGCUUGGUGCUUUGGUUGUUGUUUUUCAUUUAUUCCUUUUCAAAUUGGUCUAUUCAGAAUGGAAGAAAGGAGACACAACGCCAUACAAUUAUUACCUGCGGCAGCGUUACCUCCGCGCACAUUGA